GGCCUGCCACUCUCGACGAGCCCCCGCCCCGGCGCGCAGCUCACGGGAACUCCCCCUAAGUUCCCCCCCGGUUCUAUCAUCUCUCUCUCUCCGGGCUCAGUCUCUCAACACUAGCUGUCACACACUAACACAGUCACGGGCACGGGCACUCACUAGCAACAAGCCCCACGCGUGUUAGCGAAUCCUCCAUCGCUUCUCCCCGCUAAAACGAGGGUCGGCUGUGCGAUUUGCGGGUCUGCGGCGGUCGUGACACGAGGAAGGCGGCGGAAGGAGCGGUCGCCGGUGGAGGUAUAGGUGGAGGUUUGGAAACGACGAGGAAGAAGGUAAGCGUGUGUUUUACCUUUCCGCAGCUCUCAAACUUUACGGCGGGCUUUUGACGUGUCUUACCCUGCGGUGGUUCCGACAGGGAGACAGUAUUUGUGAAGUAUUUUAACCCGGCUCAUGUAUCGUUUUGUACGGAUAUUGUUUACGAGUGCCCGCGCUAGCUCUUUGACAUCAGGGGGGAUUCUCCUGGUGUGUUCAAGUAAGUUUGGAGAUUCGACGAUCACUUCAUUCAGGACUCGGAGAGGCCAUGACAUGUGGCGUCCCCCUGCCAGAAAAGCACAGCUUCCCAUUUUGACACAUGAAUGACAGUCGGAGACGGAAGGCUUGAGGAACGAGAGUGACAGCAGAUCCAGACGCAACAUAAGCUAAGAGAGAGAGUGAGAAAAGGGCAGUGGGCCAUCUGGGGUCGCUCCCCUGCUAUUCUGCAGCUGUGUCGGAGUCAGCAAAUUCUACUCAGCUGCUUUGGGACUUUUUUUUUUUUUCUAAUGAAGAAGGAGGUGGAGGAGAUAAAGGAUUCCUUCCAGUGUCUCGUUGCCCAAGGGGAUGAGCCAAGUCCGGAGCAAUGCUAAAAAGCCUGGCUGGCUUUGGAUUAGACCCCAGGGGCUGCUUCUGUGGAGGGUAGGGUGAUAGCCCAGCUGGAUGUUCCGCUGUCGCCGUCCUCCAUGGCUGUCAUUAGCGGAUAAUGAGCUGCUGCUAGGGAGGAAGCGGACAAGGAGCUUGCGGAGAGAGAGAGGAGGAAGAACCUUGCAGCUGUUAAGAGGCCCUGAGAUUCUUCUUCUUCACAGAAUUAUUUUCGUUUAGCAAUGGGACUGAUUCUUUUUCAUUUGUGCAAGCAGAGUUUGGAGAUCGUUGCUCUUCAUGUGUUGAUUGCUUUCGUUUCGGGGCUGGAAAAUUGGAAUCAGGGGAGACUUUUAUCUGCAAGAUGAUUCCGUCUCACUUAUAGCUCCCUUUUGCUACUUUCAUUUUUGUAUUUUUUUUUGUUGUUGUCUGGAUCUUUCUAUGCCCUGACGGCUCGGUUGCCAUGGCAGCAGCGUACCGUGUGGUGGUGAGCAGUGUGAGCUGCUACAACAGCGUGGUGGUCGACCGGCGCGCUCACUCCCACGCCGUGCACUAUUGUUCAGGGCCAUGUGGGGCGCUCUCCCGGGGCCUGGAAUGUACCGUGGCCCACCACGGCACCUGCUCCGAGCUGCUCGUUGUGCCUGACUCGUUGACCAGCUCGCCCAUACACUCUCGAACUACCCAGCAUGGUAAAAUCAGCACUACUAUCGAGAGCAGUUAUAACUGUGGUGCUCUGGAGAGGGCAGGCAGCAGCGGCAAUUUGUCCAUAGGAGAGGACAGCAACAUGUGGCGAGGGAAGAAGAUCCCAAGUGGUGGAGGAUCUACGGGGAACCUGAGCUGCUAUGGUAGCCUUAAGGACAUCACUGAGGAGGCCAUCAAUCUAGCCAGUGGUAAGCUCAAAGAGUUUUCCUUUGACAAGCUCCGCCUCUCCUCAUCCAGCCAGGUGACCUUUCGAAAAGGCCGCAAAGUACGUCCUGACUCUUUGAGCCGUCGCUCCACCGAUCUGGAGAUAAUCUACGGCCACUUCAGUUCCAAUGUCUCCAGUAACGGAACAACAAAUGGCACCAAUACAACUACUGAUGAGAACACGCCUCCGUUUGUGCUUGGGAAGGGGGCAGGACAUGAGGAGACGAAGUUGAAAGGAUCCCUGUCGACUAUUACUAAAUUAAAUGGCUCAACAAGCAUCAGCAGUGGGUCGCUGGACCAAACUGUGAACACGGUGGCCUCUCUUUACCGCAACACCUUAGGAGAAGAGAACCUAAUUGCCCGCUUGCUGGAGAAGACCUGGGCGGAGGCGGGUGCUGGUGGUGUCGGCGGGGAGGACAUCCGAGCCUGCCUCGACAUCCUGCUUAAAUGCUCUGAAGACCUGAAGAAAUGCACCGACAUUAUCAAGCAGUGUAUCCGACGCAAAGCUGGCGGUGGACCUCAGGAUGGAGGAGCCAGUCCUGACAGUGUGUACCGGGCCUUGAUGACCCGACUGAGCACGUAUUUGAAGAGACUACCCUUGGAGCUGGAGGGGUUUGGCAGCAGUGGGCAGGGCGGUCAAAGUACAACUGGCAGUGGGCACAGUGACCUGGUGGAAUUGAUGAACAGCCUCCACACCCUCCAGCAGGCACCCUUCUCGCCGAUAUUUGGCAAUGAGCAACCUCCUCGUUAUGAGGAUGUGGUCCAAUCGCCUCCCAUCCCAAUGACUACUCCUCAUCCUGCAACCUCUACUCCCUCAUCUGUUUCAUUAUCUUCCCAUUCUCACAGCUCCCCAUCCAAAUCCUUUGCCCUGACCAAUGGACUACAACAUUCACAUCCUUUGCCAUCUAUCCCGUGUCACAGUUUGUCUCCCACUCCUGUCAUGAGUUCCACUCCCUCUCCAACACACUCGCCAUCCCGUCUACGGAUCUCACCUACCCCACCAUACAGCCAUACCCCUCCAGGAUCCCCUAUGGAGGCUCUGUACAUUGAGGAGGAAGAUGCAGAUGUGGGUAAAACGUCCGAACAAAUCUCUCCACAAACUGUUUUAAAUAAACCUGUGCAUCUAUCACAGCUAGACUCACCCAACCCUGCAAGGCCUACUUCCUCCAAAACUGCAGCACAUAGAAAUGAUGAUAUCGACAAACUCCUCAUGGAUCUCGAGAAUCUGUCCCAAAGCAUGAGCAACCCCAGAAACACAGAGCCUCCCCUUCCAGUCAAAACCAGAAAACGAGGCCAGGGAAUUGUGUCCACUGAAGCCACCACUCAGCCUAAAGUGCCCCAGUUCCAAGUCAAAACCCCUGCUAGCAACCUAGUUGUUAAUGACUCCAGUGCCAAGGCUCCCCAAGGAGAUAACGCUCCGGCGGGUGAGGAAGAGGAGGAUGGGGCGCUGCUACUGAGAAUCCUGGAGAGCAUUGAGAGUUUUGCACAGGAGCUGGUGGAUUCUGGGGCGGGGAGCACAGGGAGCGCCGAGAGGAACAGCGGAAAAGAACGGGAAGUGAUGAGGCUCCUGCAAGACACACUCUCUACCACCGGGAGGGCCGAUACCCCAGUGGAGACCACCAAUGUCCAAACGUUGCCCACUGACAAAUACGUAGAAACAGUUCCAGCCAUACCGCCUAAACUCACUGCACGCACACCUACGCCAACACCUAAAACAGAAAACAUGUGCACUGCCUCAGUGGCACCUAAACCUACAUCUGAGGCCACCUCCAAAUCUUUGUCUGCACCUACACCUGCAACCCCAGAGUCAGCUGAUGUAGCUUCAGCAGCCUCCAUAGUGGAUCCCAAACUUAUCCCUUCAUCUGCAACCUUGCAGUCCUCCACGCAUUCUGCCGAGCCAACACCCGACACCUCACUUGAUGCUGUGCCCACUGGUUACAGCCCACCUGCAGUUACUGAGCGAGAUCCUGUGGACCUUCUAGCCCUGAGAGAGACUGGUUCAACCCUCCUCAUCCAGCAGAGUCCCGAGGUGAUCAGGGUCCAGUCCAAACCGGAGAAGAAACCCGGCACGCCGCCCCCAGCCCCUGCCCAGGCGCCCACCGUCCCCCACGCCCCCGCACACCGCUCACCGAGCCCACCGCCCGCUCCAGUGGUAGUCACCCCUCCGUCUCCGCCUCCACCUCGUCCUCCUCCCACCGCAGUCAACAUUCCCAGGUUCUACUACCCCCGUGGGCUUCCCGCCACGGGCCCGGGCGCCAACCACGACGGCGCCAUUGCCAUCGUGGAAGCGGCCUUCGCGGAGUUGGAGGAGGAGAAGGCCGAUAUUUACGAGAUGAGCAAGAUAGCCAAGGCGUGCGAGUGUCCACUCUACUGGAAGGCCCCCAUGUUCUACGCGGCGGGCGGCGAGAGGACCGGUUUUGUCUCGGUGCACUCCUUUAUCGCCACGUGGAGGAAGUUGCUGCACAGUUGCCAUGACGAUGCCUCCAGGUUUAUUUACAUGCUAGCCAAACCGGGCUGUCAGUACCUGGAGCAAGAAGACUUCAUUCCUCUGCUUCAGGACAUUGUGGACACUCACCCCGGACUCACCUUUCUGAAGGAUGCGCCCGAGUUUCAUUCCCGCUACAUCACGACGGUAAUCCAGCGGAUAUUCUACGUGGUGAACCGCUCGUGGACGGGACGCAUCUCCAUGACAGAGCUGCGACGGAGCAACUUCCUGGAGACGCUGGCCCUGCUGGAAGAGGAGGACGACAUCAACCAAAUCACCGACUACUUCUCCUACGAGCACUUCUACGUCAUCUACUGCAAGUUCUGGGAGCUGGACACUGACCACGACCUCUACAUCGACCACAAGGACCUGGCCCGCUACAACGACCACGCGUCCUCAAACAGAAUCAUCGAGAGGUUGUUUUGCGGCGCCGUGACCCGGGGCAACGCUGUGCAGCGAGAAGGCCGCAUGAGCUACGCCGAGUUUGUGUGGUUCCUCAUCUCUGAGGAGGACAAGAAGAACCCCACCAGUAUCGAGUACUGGUUCCGCUGCAUGGAUGUGGAUGGCGAUGGCGUCCUGUCCAUGUUUGAGCUGGAGUACUUCUACGAGGAGCAGUGUGAGCGAAUGGAGCGCAUGGGCAUCGAACCGCUGCCCUUCCAGGACCUGCUGUGCCAGAUGCUGGACCUGGUGAAACCGGAGAGCGCAGGUAAAAUAACCCUCGGCGACUUGAAGCGCUGCCGGAUGGCUCACAUCUUCUUCGACACGUUCUUCAACCUGGAGAAGUACUUGGACCACGAACAGAGAGACCCCUUUGCUGUGCAGAAGGACCUCGACGGUGACGGCCCCGAGCCGUCCGACUGGGACAAAUACGCCUCGGAGGAGUACGAGAUCCUGGUGGCUGAGGAGACGGCCAACGAGCAACUACAUGAAGGGUCCUUCGAGGACGACUACGACGUGGACGACCUUCAGGUCCCGGCAGAGAUGGGGAAUAAGAUGGAAAAACUGGUCAUAUCGGAUCUGUCGGCGUGAGGUUCUAAAUGAGGCAGCGAGGCGCCUUUCGGGGACGGAUGCUUCCCACAUGGAUCACAAAGACACAAAAGGAGUCCGCCAUCCGUCUGACAACGGAAAAGAUUCGCUCGCAAACACACAAAAAAAAGCUCCACGGGAUUGAAUGUCAUUCUUUUUUGUGUUUUUUCCCGAUGAAACUUUACGACAAUCAUGCGCAGAGACAAUCGCAAGAAAGAAGGAAAGCAAAGGGACUUGUGGUGAAGCUUAAAUCCCCUCGGGGGGCUGUCGUCUGCUCGGCAGCGCGCCCCCCCUGUGGCCACAAAACGCUCGUACGAGCCAAGCACCGAAAGCACCACGCAGUUUUGUGUUCCUGGUGCAGCUUUAUCUACCAGUAUUGCCUGACGUGCUGGUGGGAAAUAACAGCAUCAAACUCUCUGGUAGAGUUGCCCGCACCUUCUUCACGCACAGCAUUUGUAUUCAUAACGCAAUAAUCACAAUAUUUCUCUUUUGAACCACUUUAUUUGGCAGCAAAGCUCUGUGGAUGCAUUUAUGCUAACUAGACAAUACAGUGGAACCUCCCUUUUGUUUGUGAUUUUUCUUUUAUACUCCAAAAACACAAACGUUAGCAACACUAGCAUAGCAAUGUGAUGCUACAGAGCACAAAAUGUCGACUCGCAUUUGAACAGCAGCGUCGUGCUAGGUUAUCCUGUUUGCUGACGAAAAACAACAUCAAAAGUGAGGGGAACUGACUGGCGGAUAUUUUAAGAUGUGUAGUGAAGCCUUCCUUUUUUAACUUUUUUUUUUUUACAGCAACAAUUAUGCUAGCUUGGCAAAGUCACUGUAAAAAACAAAACACGACAUGAGCAAACUGAUGGUAGCUGAGUGACGAAUAGUUGGCUUUAUUUUAAGAUGUGUAGCCUAGCCUGAUUUUUCCCCUACGUUUUAAGAACGACGUCAUGCUAGGUUAUCAUGUUUGCUGACGAAAAACAACAUCAAACUGAGGGGAUCGGACUGGCGGAUAUUUUAUUUUGAUAUUUAGAUGUGUAGCGAAGCCUGCUUUUUUUUGUACAUUUUUACAGCAACAAUUAUGCUAGCUUGGCAAAGUCACUGUAAAAAAAUAGUUGGCUUUAUUUUACGGUGUGUAGCGUAGCCUGCUUUUUCGCCUACAUUUUAAGAGCGACAUCAUGCUAGGUUAGCCUGUUUGCUGAAGAAAAAGACGCGCAAACCGAGGCUAGCUGACUAGCUUUUAAGAUGUGCAAUGAAGCCUGCAUGUUUUUUUGUGUGUUAACAUUUUAACCGCCAUAUCCUGUUGGGGAAGCGAAGUUGCCCAAGAAAAUCUAAACAAACUGACAGGUAGCCUUCAUUUUAAGAUGCGUGGCGAAGCCGGCUCCCCCCACCCCCCACCCACCCACACACACACUUGAACAGCAAAAUCACGCCAAGUUAGAAGAAAAAGCGACUGAUCAAACGUACAUCUCCCACAUCCGCAGCUGACUGAUAGUCCGCACAGCUCCCGGUGUCAUUUUAAGAUGCGCAGCGAAGCCUUCGGAAGGAGUUUUACCGAGCGUUUGAGCCCCGUCGGGGGCACAAUACUUCAAAAGUCACUUGGGCAUAUUUGGGGGACCCUUUUGAGUAACAUGCGUAAAAAGAAGCUAACCACCAACAAUAAAACACUACUAGUUAGCAGCUAGCUAGCAGAGUAGACUCCCAGAUUCCAGUGAAAUGUUGCUGUUAUCGGGAGGUUCCACUGUACACGCAACCGGUUUUGCCAGUGACUGUUAUUUAUUCAUUUGUUGUUGUUGUUGGGUUUUUUUACGUUUUUAAAGAUCCUCCUUGCAUUUCACACUCAACGGGCACUUUAUUAGGUACAACCACAAUUAGCAUGUUGUUCACUGUUAGCAUUGUCAUCUUUAUAAAGGCCACAUUCUCGUAGGUGCGAGUGUCGCUCAGCAAGCGUCCAGGAUGCGCCACAGCAACGAAAAAGUUGCCUUUCACGUCCGCAGGUGAACACAAACGAUGUAAAUAUCCCUUUUAUAGCAGCGAAAACGCGUACAAAACCAAUCACGGAGGACAAGUCAUGCUAAAAAAUAAAAAAAUGAAAAAAAAAUGCAUGGGUGAGCGUCAUUGACACGUGCAUGUGCGCUUUGACGUCUGACCGGAGCGUGUGUUUUUGGUUUUUAGCGACGUAGCUGCUGUAAAUGUGCUUGGCUGUGUUUUAAUCUGAAACCUGAUUCUAAGCACGCAGCAGCGACGCCCAUUCUACAUGUUUUUCUAUCACACUUGGAUGGCGGUGCCACUGUGUGGCUCGGGGGGGUUCAAUUAAAUUAUGUUCUGUGUGUGUGUGUGUGUGUGUGCGCGUGUGUUUAAAGGAACUGACCUGCCCAACUGACAAUCACUCGGACUCUGUCGUCAUCACGGCGACCUCAGAUUGUCACAAAAGAGGCUUUUAUUAUGAAACCCAGGAAGUGACCAGGCUUCUAACUUUUGCCAUGUGAUGCCGACUGUAAAAGCAUGUUUUUUUCCCUUUGUUUUUUGCCCCCCCGACCCCAUUUCCUCUUGUCUGGCAUCGACCGCUUCUGUCUGAAACGUCCAACGUUUAAAUAAAGAAGUUUCUGACGUCUCUGCUCAGUUGGCAUUUGCUGGUUGCCGUGGGAAACGCCGAGACAGGAAGUGUGUGUGUUCUCCACGCACGCGUUUUAGGCACCGACUUCCUGAUGUCGACACACCCGGUUGCCAAGGAGGCGACCGAGGACGUUCCGGCUUCAGGGGGUCAUUUUCCAUCUCUGUGACGCCAUCGUUGAAUCCUGCGGCGUUCCAAGAGGAAAGGAGCUGGUUAUUGAUUCUCGUGUGGUGGGGUGCACCAAGUGUGGAAAGUCAGGCGAGACCUCCACAAACAUGCGAGACCGCCACAAACGUGCGAGACCGCCACAAACGUGCGAGACCGCCACAAACGUGCGAGACCGCCACAAACGUGCUGGCAAACAAGCCGGGCCGGAAACGCUACGCUUUAAAGCUUUGUUUAGCCCUUUUUAGCGCAGUUUGGGGGGUAGUAUAGCAGUACAUAUCCAUACCAUCACCAAGUUAUACAAUAAAGUGAAAAGCCGUCUCCAUGCAUUGAUCACUGACAAAUUCAGG